AUUUCAUCUGGAUAUUGUGGAACGAUAACAGAGUUGGGAUUGUGGAAGGAAGAGUAUAUAGAAUCAGAAUUGGUCGAUAAAAUUGACAUAUGUUUAAUGAUUUAUGGAACUUUGCUCAUUGUUAUUGUCUGGCUGAAUUAUAUCUUGCAGCAGAAAAAAAUCGUAACUAUCGUAAACAAGUUGUACAGCAUUUAUUACAACUUGAUGAUUUGUAAUAGAUACACUUUCAAAAGUGACUAUUGUUUGUAUGUUUUCCCCCUAGUAAAUUUCUUCCUGUGCGGGAGUUUGGUUAUCGUUGAUAUGAUAAAGUCUGGAAUUUAUAUAACAUCCAUAUGGGCUACACCGUUAAUAAUAAGCAGUUGGGUUUUGAUGCAGUACACAAUUCUGCUGAAUAUCAUUUUUCAGCUGUUAAAAUGUAUGAGCACGAAAAUUCUCGAACUCGGAGAUAUUGAUAUAGAAAAUUACUAUCGAACUGUUCUCCGGUCAAAAGUUUCACUCCGAGAAUUUGUUAUCAAGGAUAUUAAUUUUGUCAAAUAUGCGGUUAUGCAAUUAUGUGACAUUUGUGAUCAGAUCGCGGACUUUUAUGCGAUUCCUCUACUGAUGAUUAUUGUUUAUACAAUUACAAGAACAAUAUUCGAUGUAUAUUAUCUGAUUGUCUCACUAUUUUUGUUAGAUGAAUUCGAAUUAUUCAAACUUUACUUUUUUGUUGGCAUAUUGUGUUUGAUCAUAGGUUUCAAUCUUAUUGUUUUCACUUCAAAUAUCACCAGGAUCACACGAGAAUUUUCAAAAAUUCCACACUACAUUUCAUUGCUUCUAAAUCGAUGCGCCAUGAAUUCAACAACCAAAGAAGCAGUAAGUUAUUUUUUGCCCUCCGGACGGAAACUACUGGAUUUUUUGCGUGAUACAUCAAACCGAGAUGUAAAUUUUACAACUUAUGGGAUAAUCACACUUAAUGGAACUCUUUUGCAAACGAUUUUUGGAACCAUGGUUACUUACUUAAUUAUUCUUGUCCAGUUUCGUAAUUAA